UUCGCGGUUCUCUGCUGCCCGUCGUACCAUUCAUUCGCAGAACAAUCGUAAACCGCAACGGAAGUGUUCGGUUAUUAUCCGCCAGUGGUUUAUCCCUCCCAACUACACGGGAGAAGAAAAGUCGAUAGGGGUUUAAUUGAGGUGCAAAGAAAACUUGAAAAUUCGUUGAUCAAAAUGUGAACUAUUGCACGUUUAGGCAACAAAUUAGGUACUUUGAAACAGAGCGUUGAACUGUUGAACUGUGUAUUACAAGUGAAAGAAGACGAUCGAGUUGUUGUACGAGAAAGAUCAUAUAAAAACGAUCGGUUCGUGAAUGUGUGUUGGUGGGCAGCAAAGCCCAAAUCAAAACAAAGCCCUUGCACAGAAACAGGUUCUUGGCGUGUUGACGCUGAGUUUGAAAGCAUAAGGCUUCGCCGGGUUUUGGAUUGCGGUUGGAACAAAGAAGAGAGUUUCAUAGCGGACGGAUAUUCUGCAGUGGGCAGAAGAAUCAAGCGGUUUAACAGAGAUCAGCAUCCGAUCAGUUUAAGUGAAUUAAAGCUACAUAUUCCUCCGAAUGUUGUGAAAUGUGCAAAUACGCUUUGCUUUUCUGUGCCAUCCUGUUCCUCAUCGUAGGGUAGAAGUGUACGGAGCUAAGAUACACAGUUAUCAGAUAGCCCACCAAAGCAACGUUGAACGUGGAAGCAUAAUCGUGAAGCGACCAGGAAAAUAUUCUACGCAACACUGUGAGCAGUUGCUGUAACUAGUUGGGUUGAUUGUACUAAAGUUCUUCGUCGUAAACAAAGCCUCAACAUGAACAGCAUAGUGAGCUUGUUCAGUAAUUUUAAGGAGUUUUACAGUGAAAUCAAUGGAGCCACACUAACUGGUGCCAUCGAUGUAGUAGUGGUGGAGCAACCGGAUGGUUCCUUCGUGAGUUCGCCGUUCCACGUGCGGUUCGGGAAACUCGGAGUGCUGCGCAGCCGUGAGAAGGUGGUCGACAUCGAGGUAAAUGGCGAGCCGGUUGAUCUACAAAUGAAACUAGGGGAGUCUGGUGAAGCAUUCUUCGUGGAAGAAUGCGCCGAAGACGAUAGUGAAGUUCCGGCCCAUAUGGCCACUUCACCCAUUCCCAGCCACUCGUAUUUGAGCAACUAUGAGGAAAGCGUACAAAGGAACGAUGGAUCCGGUGGGCCCAUUUUUAAAGCACUAGAAGCAAUUGAGGCCGCUGGAGCCACUGGUGAAGGAGUAGCUGUAGGGCCUACGACUGAAAUCGACGAGGGCGCUGUCAUGUUGAUGGUGACGAGUCAGACCGGGACGCUCGAAGCUGAUAGCGUUGUGGAGAAAGAAAUAUUGCCACGAUUACGGCGGAACUCGGUUGAUCUUUCGAACGAAAAUCCCGAACUGGAGCGGGCAAAAUUCGAAAACCAAAGAUCCGAAUACAGCCAUCGGCGUCACACGGACAACCUUACCAACCGGCCGGAUCUUUCACUGACAAAGAAGGAGUACACCACGCAGAAGCUGCGGCAAGAACUGAACGCCGCUGCCGAGGCUGCGGAACAGGAACAGAUCUUCCACAUGGAAGGUUUGGACGAUGGUCACCUUGAUGUGGUUCCAAGCGGACAGGUGACGAAUGCUGCUGAAUGGAAAAACAGCACACCACUUCCGUUAGUCACCGGUACGCCUGAUCAGUUGGUAAAGGAUAUACGUUUUAAACCAAUCGAUGCUCAACCAACCACUGAGGCCGGACCGUCUGGUCAAGCGACCGAAGUUGUCCCGGUGGCGGUGUCAACUACGCAAUCAGCUGUGUGUGGAGACGGAACAGCAGACUCAAAAUCGAAAAAGAAGCGCAGGAAGAAGUCACUGAUGAAGAAGAAAAACACACAACGGAAAAAUUCAGCCAGCAGUAGCUCUGGCGCUGGGUCGAACCAUUCCGAUCCGAAUGAAGGAACGGAGACAGACAGUCUAACGGCGUCGCAGGUGACGGUUUCGUCGACCAGUGGCAGCUCACUGCCGAAAGAGGACGCUGCCGAGGGUGUCGAUCAGGAGGUCCCGGAUAUUAGCGAUCCAAUCAAGAAGGAGGGCAACGAUAGUCCCGUACUCGAUUGCCCUGCCAUGACGUCUAGUCAUCAUGCGGAUCUAGACAUUCAUUUCUUCAGUGAUACGGAUAUUGGAACAGGCGUAAGCCCGCAACAGUCGCGUCCUUCCACUCCUAUUCAAAGCGACACCGAGUUUGAGAUGUCACUGCGCGAAAAACCCGUAACGGAGGAAGAGCGUCUGAUGUACGGCAACUCGUGGAACUGGGGAGAAUUGCCGACGCAGGUAGAUCCGAAGGGGGUUGAUGCGGAGGCCGGCAAGCAGGCACAGCACAAUUCGAUGCUGACUGGACUGAUGAGCUUGAUGAAAUACAAUAACAAGAAAAAGCGCCAGAGUGUUCCAGAUGGGAUGUACCUGUCGGAUUUGGAUAAGCUAAACGAACCGGAGAUCGCCCAACUGUAUUUUCCAUCGUUCCCGAAACUGAAACAACACCAGCAACAGGGUCAGCGUGGCAGUGGCGGAAGUGGUGAUGACGAAGAUCGUGAGAGCGGUAAUGGUACGUCUAUUCCGCAAAGUCCUACCUCGAUGGAAGAUGGUCCCGGUGGUAAAGAUUCCGACUUUGACGAGCGCGAUCAUCUCGCAACGGGUAACACGAAAAAUAGUAUGGUCGACCAAUCGAUCGAUUCCUUCGCUUUGUCUCUCUGUGGCGGAUUGAUCGGUGCAGAAGGUUCGUCGGGUCCUACCGAUGAACAGUUCGAGCGCCACCGUCUGCAAUACGCUAACGUAUUGGCCGAUCCCAGUGUGUUCAAGUCGCCCGAUCUGGUGGUACGUAUCAAUGGCAAGUACUAUAGUUGGGAAGUGGCCUGUCCACAGGUCAUGACCAUUCUAGCGUUCCAGUGUGGACUGCCAAACGAGCUGUUGGCUAACGCGAAGCAGAAGCCGGGCAAUGGUUCGGGAAUAGAAGAGGACAAAAAAGAGGAACCACUGCAACAAGCACAGCAGCAGCAGCCACAGCAGCCGAACGCUGGAGGACGUUGGUGGUACUGGCGCCGUUCAAAUGAAUCCAAACCGGCCCCAGCAGGUACACCGCAGACUCCAACUACACCGACUGCACCUGUGGAAGAAUCUGGUGACGGUCCGGAUGGUAAAACCUCUGCAGCAGUGGGUACGCAAACAUCACGCUCGAACUCGCCAGAAGAUGAAAGCCACGAAGGAGGAAUGGACGCGACUGUACCGACGUACAAAAAUGUGUCGAAAAACGAAGACGGAUAUAAUGGUUCGCUAUCGUCGGAAGAUUCUGAGCUAGCAAUGGAAAAAUCUGUAGGUGGCAUCCUUAUUGACAACAGCAGCGAGAAGACUCUGUAUCUGCUGGGUUGUGGAGAAAAGUACCGAAAAACGCUGCGCCUUUCUUCGGAGCGCAUUAAGGAGCUGAACCUUCUGGAUGGUAUGAACAAGAUCGAGUUUAGCGUAACCACUGCCUAUCAGGGAACGACGCGAUGCAUGUGCUAUCUGUUCAAGUGGAAGCACAAUGAUAAGGUAGUCAUUUCCGAUAUUGAUGGAACUAUUACUAAAUCGGAUGUGCUUGGUCACAUUCUGCCCAUGGUUGGCAAGUCUUGGGACCAGAUCGGUGUGGCGCAACUUUUCUCGAAGAUUGAGGAAAAUGGGUAUAAAAUGUUGUACCUAUCCGCACGGGCCAUCGGACAGGCCAAGACAACGCGUGGCUAUCUGCAGUCGAUUCGUCAAGGGGAUGUAAAACUGCCGGAUGGUCCUUUGCUGCUCAAUCCAACCUCCCUAAUGUCCGCUUUCCAUCGUGAAGUGAUUGAGAAGAAGCCUGAGCAAUUUAAAAUUGCCUGUCUGAAUGACAUUCGCGAUCUGUUUCCGGAACGAAAUCCAUUCUACGCCGGAUACGGUAAUAGGAUCAAUGAUGUAUGGGCGUACCGUGCCGUUGGCAUUCCGACGUCGAGAAUCUUCACCAUCAAUCCUAAGGGAGAGUUGAAGCACGAGCUAACGCAAACAUUCCAAUCGACCUACGCCAACAUGGCUUACAUCGUGGAUCAGCUGUACCCGCCGAUCAAACACAUCGAGGAGGAAGAUAACGAGUAUACUAGCUUCAACUACUGGCGAGAACCAGUGGCUGAGAUUGAUUUCAACGCUUGUGACAUAUCCAGCCCCUCCUUACCAUCAUCGGGCUCUGUGUCGUACCCGUCCGCGUUAGCUUCUUCUGGCAAGAUUACUCCCACGGCAACACUAAUUCAGCAAGCCUUGCCAACCAUUCCCGAGAACUGAGAUAAGCAAGGAACCUUAAAACAUCCCGCAUCUUCAUUAUAAGAGAUCCCCAUACCAACAGAGCACGAGUAAAUCUUAAAACCAAAUCCUUUAAUAGGCUCAAACUGGUGCAGAUAGAGAAAAACAGCUUCAGGAAAGACGGUAACGUUUCUAAACAGAACAGAAAAGGUUGGAAAGGAAAAAGAACAAGCUAAGCUAAGAAACCAAUGUUCGGUACAAUAAUUAUAAUAAUAAUAAUAAUAAUACUAUUCAUACAAUAUAUCGUAAGCUUGAACGAGUGCUUUGGAAUGGCGAGGAUACUCACCAAUCUGAUCGCGUUGCUUCCAUUUCGCUUUAGGUUGGAUUGUUUAUGUUUCACAAACAGCAAUAUGGUCCAAAGGAAUUGUGUUAGCAUAGGUCAAAUCAGAGGUUACAUACAAAGCAGAGGCUUGAGCAGAUGAGCUUGACGAAGUGAAGACGUGACGCCUGCCAGUGAAUGUUUAGUAUGUAAGAAGAUGGGAAAAUAAGAGUUAGUAUGCAAAGCAUCAGAAAAGAGACAAAAGGUAGCAGUUAACGAAUGGUGCUCCUAGUAAUGAGCCAUACUACGGAGAGCUAGCUGUGAUUGAAGGCAGUGAUAGAACUAAACGGAACUGUCCUACCGGGUGUGCUAAGUUACAUAUGUAGAAGCAGGAAUUCAGCUUAGCAGAUUGUACCAUGAUUGUACUCAUCGUUUCCGGCCGCACCGGGAACGAACCACAGAAGGACCGAUCCUAGCGAACUGCACAGAAGGAACACGAUAGAAAGAGCUUCGUGAAUCAGUAAAAAUGAAAAUAUCAUUCUGCUGAUUCAGUCCUGGCUGUGGCGUAAUAGGGAGCAGCAAAGCAAACAAAAGUAUGUGAUAAUUUUUUUCUAUUUAUUUGGCUUUGUUCAUUUUUAGCAUUUCUUAGCAAGUUUGUUUAUUUUUUAAUUCUAAAUAGUGUCUAUUUAAUCGCCUAAUGUUGUUAAGUAAAUGCGAAACGUUGAUUGACAGCAUUAGAUAAAGCUGCCCACGCUUACGGGAUCGCAAAGGAAGCGAAAAAAGACAGACGCAUAGAGUUGUAAAAAAAGGAAUAGAACAAUCGGUAUUUAGUUGCAUUGUUAUGCAGGAAGAGACAUCAGCAUUGUGGGUGCAAGUUUUGUUCGAUUAUCGCUUUUACCCGAUCGUUUAGUUCGUGGUUUUAUUUCAUUGCAUCAUGUUUUGGUUACCUUUUCUUUAGCAAUAAAUUAUUAUGCGAUCGGUUCGGAUACUAGCGAAUCGUGCACAAGAGGAA